AGACUCAGAUUAUCAUCGUGUCAUUUUUAAUUCGAGAAAAUGUAUUAUAGUUUCAAACAUUAAAAAUAAAAGUCCCCUACUUGGCUGAAAAUUUACGUUAAAUCCCAGUGCAGAACUCAGGUCGUGAGGCCGCAUGUAACAAGCCUUAAAAGCAAGCACUUGUAAACAAAUGGUGACAGAGGCCAGUAGAUCGAGUAGAAAUCUGAGUCCCGAAGUAGGGCGUGUGUAAAAUAUAGUCACUUUCUCAUUCCUUCAUUAAAACGUGAGAUGUUCAUAUGGACCCUUUCACUAGUAAACCUGGGAAACUAAGACAUUGAUGGUGAUGAUAUGAUGAAACAUCUGCAAAUUUUUCUUCUUCUCUGCGGUGUUGUGUGGGUUCCCAUUCUUCUCACAUACAGCUAUAACACUCAAAGUAGAGAGGGAUUAAUAGGUGAUGUAGCUCCCAAUUUUACAUGGAACGUCAAUUCUAGUCGUGACCUGGCUAUAUACGUUGAACCAGAAAACACAACGGCUGUAAUUACCAAUGAAAACCUCUGUUCCUCCAAUUCAGCAGACCAUCGCCAAAAACCUCUUCUUCUCAUUGUUGUCUGUUCAGCUGUUGGUAACGUUAAGGCUCGCGAUGCCAUACGCAAGACGUGGAUGUCCGUGGUACCUAACGAAACAGCUCCGUUUGACGUCCGAACAGUUUUCCUUCUCGGUCAGACAGUCAAUGACACCAAACAGAGUGACGUGUUGUUCGAAAGCAACAUGCAUAGGGAUAUAAUUCAAGAAGGAUUCAUCGACGCUUAUUUGAAUCUGACCUUGAAGAGUGUGAUGAUGUUGAAAUGGGUGAAAACUCAUUGCCCACAAGUGACCUUUGUCCUCAAAACGGAUGACGACAUGUUUAUCAAUGUCCGCACGCUGACUCAGUACCUGUCACAACCUGACGUUCAGCAGCGCAAGGACAUGAUUGUAGGCUCGCUCUUUUGUCGUGUUAUACCUAUCAAAGAUGCGGGUAGCAAGUGGUAUUCACCUCUCUUUAUGUAUGAUGCCAAAGUAUAUCCUGAUUACGUAAGCGGAACGGGUUACGUCAUUAGCGGGCCGUUAGUACCCAUUCUUUUUGAAAAUGCCCUACACGUGCCACUUUUCCACUUGGAGGACGUUUACACAACAGGGAUUGUAGCGAAACGGGCUAACGUCAUUCCGGAGAACAGUCAUUUGUUCAGUUUUGUGAAGCAUCCCACCACAAAUCCUUGUCUCUAUCGCAAAAUUAUCACAUCUCAUGGCCUGAACCCUAGCGAAUUAAAAUCUGUCUGGCGGCAGAUCAACGAUCCUCGUUUAAACUGCACCUCCGUCCGCUUGCCGAAAAUCGGUGAUCCCAAAUUCAAAAAAUGCCACAAGACCGCGCGUCUGACCGUCCGUCGUUCGGGUAGAAGAGGUUAUAGUGGCUGAAUUGCUGAUUGGACAACAUAAAAUGCCCGUUUAGAAUAGCUUCACCCAUUUUGCCUCCCUUCUUCUCAGAAAGGUCUUACUUAAACUAAAAAUUCAUAAUAUUCAGAAACGCACUGGAGGAAUUCAUUUACAAGAAAAAGAAAGAAAAUGUGAGAUUGUAUUUUUUUUUUUUUUUUUUUAGAUUUAUCAUUUUCCCUAGUCCGAAAAAUUAAGCGGUAUAUUGGUGUAUAUUACUAUGUGCCAAUAGAACCAUAAAUACUAAGACGAUGAGUCAUAAUUCCUUUAUUUUUUGUCCUUUCUUUUUCAUUUUUUUUUCUUUGUGAAAGACUAAAAAAUCAUAUUGUAUAUUUUGUUGGCCUUUUUACAGCAUCGAUCUGUCUUAGAUAAUCGAUGUGUGUGAUACGUCCGGUAACUGCCUCAAUAGCAGUGCAGCAUAAUGUUUUUGAUGUCCCCCCUAUGAGAAUGCGAACAAAUACAAUUUAGCUACUAAAAAAAAAA